GCUUGGUAGAGACUUUGGACCAACAACUUAGCAUGCAGAAAAUCAUAUAUUUGUGUUGAGAAAACAAUCCACAGAUGCAAGCUCAUAAAACAGAAUCUCUUAGUGUCAGAAAUAAAGCACAGGAGAAGGAAUAAAGAUUAAUAGUUUCCCUUUCAUGAAAAGCCCUAGAUGGGAAGGCAGCAAGCGUCUCAGAUAUAUCAACAUGGGGCGAAGGAGGCUCGAAUGUUGCAGUAUCUUUGUAAUCUCAGGUACUACCUCUCUGCAGUUGACGAUAAUAAGUUCAACACGAAAACCUACUCAAUACAAGACAGAGUAGCUGAAACCAACUAAAAAAAUGGCGACUUGAACACUAGCUUCUCUGGCUGCAAGAAGACAAGAACAUCAGCACGAGAAACAACACCAGGGUAUGCUUCUUCAAUUUUUGAAUUCAUAGUGUCAAUGACAUCAAAUCCCCUUGAACCCUUAUUAGCUUGAGAGUCUUUCUCGGAUGCCAUUCCCCCCACAACAGCAUCUAACAAGAGAGAGGCAGCACAUCCUGGAUAAAUCAACAAACCCCAUUAUCAAAUUGGGACUAGAUCAAGACCAAAAACAGAUGGAUAGGAAGGAAGGAAGGAAGGAAGAAAGACUGUACUUUACUUGGAUCAGAACGACAAGUAGAUCUAUGCUCUCGCCAAAAUUGGUACCAGAAAUAGAAACCCUAGAAUCUUGCCAUCAACAACGCCAGAAGUAGUAACAACGCUCAGACUUUCCUCAUCUUCUUGGGGGAAAUUAAUGUUGUUCUCCUGAAUAUUCUCUGCAGGAAAAGAAGGAGAAGGGGAGUGUGGGAGAUUGUUGAGAUGGAGAAGGAGAAGACGGUGGCAGACGGAAGCGUCGGGAAGAUGACGGUUGUUGAUCACCAAAGAGAUGAACACGCAGACGCAGAGGAUCAAAGCAGAAACGCUCAGACUUUAUCACGGAUGACAUGUGAGAGAUUGAAAUCUUCCGUUCGCUUCUCUUUCUUGUUCGACAAAGUUCUUCUUCUUGAGGCUCUGUGCUGUUCAGUGAUGGAUACUGUGCAAGACUAUCGGAGCGUGGAAGACUGGAGGUGGCGGGAAACAAAAUAGUCAGAGGACGUUGAUUUGGGCUUCUGGGCCCGCUUCUCGUUGGUAAGUCGCAGUUUAGUCGAGAUGGGCCUUCAUUUGUUUGUUAUUUUUCUCUUCCUAGACGCGCGGGCUGGUUGUUUAUUUGCAAUCGGAUAAGAUGCAUUCAUGCUAACACCUUUUGGUGUUACACAUAGACAUGUCCUAGAGCUUACUCUUAGGGCUGGGAAACGGUGCGGUUUGGUCCAGACCAGACCAUAUAUACGAUCUAUGGUCCAGAUUGAGAGGCUAAAGUAUAGACCACAGACUAUAAAGUCCGGUCCAGACCACGCUUGUGCAGUCUGGUUCGGUCUGAUCUGGUCCAGAUAGGCCACACUCAACGAAAAAUGAACAAUUUCUUUAGUC